AUGAAACAUCUGAGAGACAUGCUGCACACGAAAUUAAGCGGCUGGGUUCAUGAUGUGCAAUCCGUCAGCGAGCAGAUGGCGUACUACAAAGUGGAAGAACACAAGAACAGGCCUGGGACUUAUAUACUUAGACGACCUCUGUUGAAUCAUGACCUACUGUCCUACCACGAGCGGUUCCUCUCCUUCAGGGACGACUUUACUGCGCUGUGCGGCGCUCGACAUCGACGGGCGUCACAAAUGUUUGGUCUCGCCGACGCACUGUAUUCCUUCUAUUAUUACAACUGGUUCUUCGACCUACAGUUUGUAGGUGACAUCGAGAGUUUAGAUGAGGAGUGGCAGAGGGAGGACAGAAGCAACGCCAUGCUCUCCGUGGACACUGACUGCGUGCAGCUGUUGGCGAACGCCCUCGACCACCCCACGUGUCCGCUGGAAGACCUGCCACCGGAAACCAAAGACCUGCGCGAGCGGUGCCGCGUGCAGCUGUGGGACGACAUGGUGCAGAGGUCGCCCCACGUACCCGUCACCAGCUACCUGGCCUACACGCAGAGGAUAAACGUCAACCUCUGCCUGCUGGCCUGGAUGACAGUCAACUCGUUCAGCCGUGGGCGUGUCCUUCUGUUGGACAUGUUCACGGGCGACGACGCCGGUGUCAAGGUGCUGGGACGCCUCCGGAUGUAUCGGACCAGAGAGAUGCUCAUGAACGGCGUCAUGUGA